CAGAUGCGUCAACACCCCAGAAUCAGAUGUGUGGGGUGCAACCAGAUGGACUCUCACCAGACUGCGACUGCCACACUUCAAUGACUCGAAUCUGAAGGGGAAUCACCAGGGCAGGGACAGAGGAGAAAAAAGGGGUGGGACGGGCGAGGGCGUGUUGGAUCAGCGUUCACAAAAGCACCAGCAAAACCCGUGACACAUAUUGUGGCCUCUUGCUCUUCACCUCCACACGAGGCCGGCAGGACCCUGGUGGGCCCCUCGCUCCUGUUCCACUCCCACAGUACCCCAAGGGCCGGGGAAAGGCCUCAUCCCUGUCCGUAGGAGCCACGUCGACGGUUGUAUUCAAGCAAAAUCUUUACUCUGUAAACACCCGGUUGUCUUAGGUGUGGCAGGACGUGCUCUGGUUCAUUUAGUUUCAUCUGGCCCCAUGGAGGGACUCGAAGAGCCGAAAUUUGCCCUGAGGGGCCUGAAUGAAAGGCUGAAGGGGUUCCUGGAGCACGUGAAUCAGUUGGAAUGGACCAAUCGUGAACUGGAGGAGCAGAUUGCAGAGUGGAGAUUGAGGAACGUUGUUCCGUGGUGGGACUGGAGCGACAAGGAGGCGCUGACACAGGAACUGCGAGCUCAGGUUAGGAUGAUCAUAAUGGAAAAUGCAGAAGUUUUGUUGCAAUCCGAUGCAGUGAAACUCAGGGCAGCACAUUUAAAGACCAGGUGUGAAACCGAGAAGAAACUCCGUCUCCUAAAGGAGCAGGAGGUGUCACAGCUGAAGAUAAAGAAGAUAGAUGUGGAAACAUCCAACACUCUCUUGGAAAAACAGCUUUAUGAAUACCAAAAUGAGUUACAGCAAAUCAUGGAGGAACAUGAGAGAGAGCUGGAUCAGCACCAGCGGCGACCAGUAGAGGAGUGUGAUAGAGUACUAGCGCAGGUUGCUGCAGGAGAGGAUGGCAGAGGAAUGGAUCUCUCCCGGACCAGCACCCAGUGCGACCACUCCAGCCCAGCCCAGAGCAGCCCUGACUCAGCCACGCCACCAAAUCCAGCCCCAGGCUCUGGUCCCGCUUCACAGAGAAGGCCCCAAAAGGACGCAACCAGCCCCACAGCUGCAUUUCCUCCACAGGUGAGAGCAGGUGAUGAGGCCCUGAAAGAGGCACGAGCCGAGCUCACAGAGGCCCGAAAGAGAUGGCACCGUCUACAGGUGGAAAUUGAAUCUCUACAUGCCUUGGAGAGGAGUCUCCAUAGCUCUCUACACCACACUCAGCUCCAGUACUCAGUGCAGCUCAAGGAUCUGUCCCGGUCUGUCAGGAGUCUGGAGUCUGAGCUAGAAACUGUGCGGGACGGUCUGGAAGUCCAGAAACAGAACCAUACCCAGCUCCUCAACACCAAGAUGAGGCUGGAGAGAGAGAUCGCAACCUAUAGGAAACUCCUGGAACAUGAGGAGGGCAGGUUUCUGAACUCAGAUGGUCGGCCUCUAAAGCUGAAGCCAUGGAAGGGCUCAGUUCCUGCUCCAGAGCAGAACGGCCUGCCCAACGGAUAUGACGAGGAUAUCGCCAAGCCGUUCUUCACUGAGAUGACUCCAAAAAUAAGCAUAAAACCAGUCAUAAACAAAGAUGGGGAGAUCUGUACUGUGAAGACUCAGGAGAUUCUGGAAGGAAAUGUAGUGAGGGAGAGUGCUGAGGGUCACGGAAAUGUGGGGACAGAGAAGAUUGACAAGGUCAUCAGGCAAUGGGAAGGGUCAUUCUUUAAAGGAAAUCCCAAGCUGAGGAAGAAAUCUGUGUCUCUGCGUUUCAACCUUCAUAUGGCUGUAGCAGAUGAAGGUUGCAGCCAGAUAAAACAGGACAGUCUCCCUAACGUGGAGGUCCGUCUGGUCAUGAGACGGUCUCGCAGCAUACCCACUUUUGCUCCGUGUAAUGCUACUACAUCACAACUGUGACCUCACAAUGCUACUGCAUUACAGUUGAGUAGUGGUGACCACGUCUCAAUGUCUCGGCGGCUAAUAAAAGCAAAUCACUUUAGUGACGUCAUAGAACUUUUGCCAUUUGAAAGAAAAAAGCGUCACAUCAUCAGUAAAGCGUUCAAAAACAAAAAAACUCAAAUAGCUUUUAUGAUU